AUGUCGCAAGACAAAUUAGACGAUGUUAAACAUGUCGAUCACUCUUCCUUAGAGAACGUCGAGGAAUUCACGAAAGAUGUGCCGCCUCGUUCUGAGCUGGCAACAGUGCUAGCUAAGGAGAAGCCAGAUCCGUGGUCUCCUAGUAUGAUACGGCUUUAUUUAGUUGUGUUCGUCGCCUACCUCUGUUCGGCCACGAAUGGUUUCGAUUCCAACACAUUCGGAGGCGCGUCUGCGAUGUCUAGCUUUCAAGUCUACUUCUCCGUGGACGGUGGCUCUAAGCAGGGACUUCUCGCAGCAUCAUAUGUGAUUGGCAACAUGGUAGGGUCCCUUGGAGCUGGCCAGAUCUCCGACAAGUGGGGACGUCGAUACGGAAUGGGAGUAGGAUCGUUUAUAUGUCUCGUCGGCGCGGUGUUCCAGGCGGCAGCACAAAACGUCAAUUACCUGAUCGCGGGACGUGUAGUUCUGGGAUUGGGCGCCGUGAUUGCCCAAACCGCCGGUCAGAUUGCUCGACUUUCUUCAUAUGAACCUGGCAUUCUGAAUCCUGCAAUUAUAGGACCGGCGUAUGUCGUGGAGAUGUCUCAUCCUGCGUAUCGUGGGAUUCUUACUGGAGCCUACCAAGCGAACUUCUUCCUCGGGACAAUCAUCUCGACAUGGAUUGAGUUCGGUCUUUCCUACGUACCUGGGAACCCCGAUUACCAAUGGAGAGUCCCUAUGGGCCUUCAAGCCCUUCCAUCCGUACUCGUCUUAAUAUUCAUAUGGUUUAUCCCAGAAUCUCCAAGAUGGUAUAUCGGCCAGGGCCAAGAUGAGAAAGCCCGCGCGAUUCUUGCGAGGUAUCACAGCAAUGGUGAUGCCGAUAGCGGGAUCGUCCGCCUACAAAUGAAGGAAAUGAAGGAAGUGAUAGAGGUUGAGAGCGGAACGGAUAAGAGAUGGUGGGACAUCCGUGGUCUCUUGCGCACUAGGUCCGAUCGACAUCGUUUCUUCCUCGUUACAUGCAUUGCCUUCUUCGGGCAGUGGGAUCUUCCGCCGACAAGCUAUUAUUUCCCACUUAUGGUUGAGGCUGCCGGCGUCACAAAUGAGCAUAUGGUUUUGAUGUUGAACGCCUUGCAGCUCCGAGUGAUUGUCGACAUUUUUGACAAGACGCCUAUCAUGAUGAUAUCCGCCCUCUCUGGGCUGCGUUUCAUUGAGCGAUGGGGAAGGAGACCGACACUCAUGCUAAGUUCCACUGGCAUGGCUCUCUCUGUGGUUGUGAUUACGAUUUGCACGGCAUUAACACCGGUAAAUCCGAAGGCGGGACCUGUUGGCAUCGCGUUCCUCUAUAUAUUCCUUGUCGUGUUUUCGUUUGUCUGGACACCAAUGCAGUCGUUGUACCCCGUGGAGGUCUUGUCCUAUAACAAUCGGCACGUCCGCCAGGCGAAAGGCUUAGCUGUCAUGAAUCUAUUUGUCAAUGCUUGUGGUUUGUUCAACACGUACUUGCCACCUGUUGCUAUCGCAAAUGUAGGCUGGAGAUUUUACCUUUUCUAUGCAUGCUGGGACGCCCUUGGCAUUGCUGUUAUCUACUUUGCGUUUAUUGAAACGAAAGGACGGAACCUCGAGGAAAUCGACUUGAUUUUUCAGUCGGAACAUCCAGUCAGGGCGUCGCUCGCGAAGUCUUGA